AUGGAUUCUACAGGUCUGAGUAGUGAUGGUGCUGCCUACCGGUCUCGUGGGUACCAGCUCGAGAUGUUAGAGUCUAGCCGUAAGGAGAAUAUAAUUGUCGCGAUGGACACGGGGAGUGGAAAGACUCAUAUUGCCAUUCUUCGAAUCAUACAUGAGCUCGAGAACUGUGAUUCUCCAGACAAACUUAUCUGGUUUCUUGCUCCAACUGUGGCAUUGAGUCUUCAACAACAUGAAGUUAUCACUACCCAUAUCCUCUCCGUGAAAACGAAAGUUUUAACCGGUCUGGACAAUGUUGAUCGAUGGACUGAGCAAGGUAUCUGGGACAAAGUUCUUAAGGACGUCCGCGUUGUUGUUUCAACAUAUGCUGUCCUUGCUGAUGCUUUGGGCCAUGGUUUUGUUCGCAUGUCCCGACUUGCGCUCCUUAUCUUUGAUGAAGCUCACCAUUGCACUAGGCGCCAUCCGGCGAACAAGAUUAUGCAAAAUCACUACCAUCCUACCUCGCUGAGGUCAGGUCCAAAUGCUGUACCUCGGAUUUUGGGACUCACUGCUAGCCCAGUGGUCCGGUCGAGUCAAAAUGAGCUUCAAACAAUUGAAUCCAACUUGAAUGCAGUAUGCAAGACUCCACGUAUUUAUCGCACUGAGCUCUUGGAAAAUACCCAUCGCCCUCACCUAGAACGUGUCAAUUACAUACCUUUCGAUGAAGCACAGGAUGGAUCUGGAAGCCGACUACUUUCAUCAUUGAUAGAAUGUUGCAGGGCCUAUAACAUAGAAGACGAUCCGUGGAUCGAAUCGUUACGGUCAAAGAAUCAGACUGCGGAGCUUAUGAAGGCUCUCACUACAGGUAAAACCUUCUGUAGCGAGCAACUGAAGAACUUCCAGGCGCGCGCCCGUCACAUUUAUGAGGAGCUGGGAGGUUGGGCUGCCGACUUCUUCAUCGGCGCUUCGAUUGACCAACUUCAGCGUUCAAUUCAGGAUGCUAGUGAGAUGUCACAUUUGGACCAAAUGGAGAGAAUUUACCUGUUGGAACUGCUCCUUGCAAUGCCUCCGCCAGUUUCAGCCAAGGAGAGUAAUCACGUAUCCAUCAAGCUCGAAAUGCUUCUCAACUUCCUCGAAAGAAUGGACAGGCCUGGGUUUUCUGGACUACUCUUCGCCAAACAGAGAGCAACUGUCAGUGUCUUAGCUCGCAUUUUAUCACUUCAUCCCAAGACCAGAGAUCGCUUCCAGUGUGCCUCUUAUGUUGGUUGGGCGAGCGAUAGAACCCGCAAGGGCUGUCUCGGUGACCUACUUCAUCGAGAUAUGCAGCGAGAUACUCUUGACGAAUUCAAAGCAGGUCGCAAAAACCUCAUUGUCGCCACUGACGUUCUCGAAGAAGGGAUUGACGUAAGCGCAUGCAGUUUGGUUAUUUGUUACGACAAGCCUGCAAACCUCAAGUCCUUCAUCCAGAGGCGUGGGCGUGCUCGUCAUAGAGAAUCUACAUAUGCUGUCAUGAUCUCAAAUGAGGAUGAGUUGUUGAGUCUUCACAAAUGGCAGGAGCUAGAGCAAGCUAUGAUUAAAGCAUAUCAGGAUGAUGAGCGACAGCGUCGGGAAGUUUUUGAACUCGAGGCCAGCGAGGAGCAUGUGGAAGAGAGGCUUUGGGUGGAAAAGACGAGUGCUCUAUUGACGGCGGACGACGCAGUGCAGCACUUGCAUCACUUUUGCGCUGUCUUACCAGUUGACGAGUAUUCAGACAACCGACCAAUGUUUUCCUUCCAAGAAAACAGCGCUGGGUUGCUUUUGGGUACGGUCACAUUACCGAAUUCUGUGCACCCGACGGUUCGACGUACAAACGGGAAAUCCUGGUGGCGGACGGAGCGAGCAGCUAGAAAGGAGACCGCAUUCCAAGCCUACAAAGCUUUGUAUUCGUAUGGGUUGGUGAACGACAACCUCUUGCCAUUGACAGAAAAACCAGAGUUGAGAUUCUCUGACCAGAUCACUCUCCCAUCCAUUGUGCAAGCUGCAGAGCAGUAUGACCCUUAUGUAGACCUUGCACAAGCUUGGGCUUCGGGUCAGCUGUGCCAGACACGGUUGAAGAUAUACAGCAAUGGUUCUGUCGACGAAGAUCUGGCCAUCUGCUUAAUUUUGCCAAGAUUGACUCCAACACCGCACCCCAUUCCUCUCUACUGGGACCCCGAAAUAUCAUUGGAACUGCAUUUUGAUCCGCAAGUGUCGACCUUUGAGACGACAGCGGAGACACUAGAUCGAAUGAGAAGGAUCACAUCACUCUAUCUUCAAGCUCCCAGCUCGCGCCAGCGAGGAGACGACCGCGACUUCGUGGCUCUCUUCAUCCCUGAUAUCUCACACGAACACCUAGGACAAUGGCUUGCGAUGUAUGAAGGGAAAGAGCCCGCGCUGGAAGUCUAUUCGAGGAAUCCAACCACACCGCCUAUGGGUAUCGUCCGUGACCAGUCCAAAUUCAGCGAGCCACGGAUAUUCAACAAAUGGAUCGUUCCGGUCCAGGUGACAAAGACGUCGCCUAUUGAAGUGGAGUGUUCAUCACUUCCCCGUCGCCGGAAUCUCCUCCAAGUGCGAGCUAUAAAUGUUACCGAUGAUGGAGAGGCAGAUGCACCAAAGAAAUCUUACGUUCUACCUGCUGUAGCUUGCGUCAUCGACAAACUCCCAGCAAAACAGGGUCUCUUUGGACUUUUCAUCUCUGCCAUUUUGGAUCGACUAGAGGCAUCCUUGGUCGCACAUCAAUUGAACGAUACCAUUUUGAAAGGAGUCGCAAUCGGAAAAAUCGAUCACAUUAUUACGGCUAUCAGCGCGCCGAUUGCACAGGCCAGUACCAAUUAUCAGAGAUACGAGUUCUUUGGUGACUCGGUUCUCAAAUUCACCGUUAGUUGCCAACUCUUUUUCCGGAAUACCAACUGGCACGAGGGCUACCUCUCGGAGAGCCGUGACAAACUCAUUCAGAACACUCGACUUGCUCGUGCAGCUCUCGACACUGGCAUUGACCGCUUUAUCCUAACAAGCCGAUUCACCCCCCGUAAAUGGACUGCACCGUUGAUCAGGAACAAGUUGGAACCAUCGACUGCUAAGAGGAACAUAUCGACCAAGGUCCUGGCAGAUGUUGUGGAAUCCCUCAUUGGUGCAGCCUAUGUAGACGGUGGAAUCCGCAAAGCGCAAGCCUGUUUGCAUCGCUUCUUGCCGGAGAUCGACCUCUUCACGAAUGAAAUCUCACCCCUCAUCCUACCACCAAGCAAAGGCGUAAGCAAUAUAAUCAACCACCAUCGAUUGGCCGGUUUAAUUGGAUACACUUUCAAAGAUCCUGCCCUCCUAACAGAGGCGCUCACCCACGCAUCCUGCGAGUACGAUACAUCAACACAAUCCUACCAACGUCUGGAGUUCCUCGGUGACGCCGUCCUCGACAUGGUCGUCAUGGCAGUGAUAGCAGCCCAUCCUGUGGAAAUGGACCAGGGACCAAUGACAUUGCUCAAGCAUUCUGUCGUGAACGCCAACCUCCUCGCGUUCUUCUGCAUGGAGCUAUGCGCACCAGACGAACCCUCCCACAUGACCCAAUUUGCCAACGGCGAAGUCAACUGCGUCCCACACUAUGACCAGAUCCACCUCUGGCGCUUCCUCCGCUCUCAUGGGCCUAACAUCAAAGCCGCCCGGGAAGCUUGUCUCGAGCGGCACCAAGGUCUCCAUAUUGAGAUCCGCGAUGCCCUGGAACAUGGAAGCCAGUACCCGUGGGAGUUGUUUGCCCGUCUGCGUGCGGAUAAGUUCCUGUCGGACAUCAUUGAGAGCGUUCUUGGGGCGAUCUUCAUCGACUGUGGGGGCAAUCUGGAUGUGUGUCACGCGUUCGUCGAACGUAUCGGACUGGUGUGGUACAUCCAGCGUGUUAUUGCCGACGGGGUUAAUGUUGUUCAUCCGCGGAACAUUGCGCAGAACAUGGUAAAGGGAGCUGGGACCUUGGUCUUCAAGAGGAAGAGGGUCGAGUCUGGAGGCACGGCUACGUAUCGGUGCUCGGCGGUGGUCAAUCAGACUGAGAUCGCGCUGGUGGAGGGUUGUGCUUCUGCCGAAGAGGCUGAGGUUAAAGUUGCCAAUGUUGCUAUUGAGCACUUGACGUUGCACCCAUUGGUUUGA